AUGGCUCAAUCAGGGUCACAUGAUUGGCUUUUGAAAUAUGAUUUUAGAGCAUGUAUAAAUAGUUUUGUCUGGUAUAAAAAAGAAUCUCUUGAAGUUUUGAUUGAAUAUAUUGAUUGGGUCGAUGAAUCUGAAACAAGUAGCAUUAAUUCUGUAGCUGGAGAUUUGAAUUUCUGUGUAUAUAUGUGUAUUACAAGCUAUACACAAGCACUACAUAUACUACUUGGUGCAUAUGGAAAGAUGUAUUAG